CGCAUGGUGAACAACGGUUGAUCGAGUCGCGAAAGACCACAGCUAAGCUGACCAUGGGAAAGCGCUCGAGAGCCGAUGGGCCUCCGGAAGAUGCGCACACGAAACUCAGCAAGAAGCCCAGGCAUGGCUCGACCACGGAUCAGCUGGCAACGAAGCAAUACGAGGAGAUCAUCACGGCGCGACAGUUGCAGAACCUUCUAGUGUUUGAACAGGACCAGGCGACCUUACUAAAGACCGUCAAUGCUUUUAGAGCUUUUCUCGCCAGCAUACUACAUCCUGAGAACGAAGACGAUGUUCCGCGACGACGGGCCAUAUUACGGGAAUACCUCGAGUCGCAGCGACCGAGAGACGUGGACGACGAAGAGACGGAGUAUCUCCCCAACUUGAUGCAGACAUGGAACUUUGCGGCUUCUUCGAAUAGCGACGUUCUGCUUUCGGCCGUUGCGUCCGCGAUAGACCAGUUGCUCAAGAUUCUGUCUACCAACCUUGAGCUUCGCGAGCAUGGGAUUCUGCUAUGCAAAACGCUUCUACGGCAAGCCCAGCUUCGGUUAUUAUCACGUGGAGUGGCUUCUCAAAGACAUAAGGAACACAUCAUUGGGCCCUGCCUUCGUAUCCUGAAGGAAAUUGUGUCAUUCGACGGCGGAGUCCUAGCACGGUUGUUGUACUCUAAGCGCGACCUGGCAUUCGAUCCUCAAGCAAUCGCAAAAUGUUUGACAUACAGACGACUGGAUGCCACUGAGCCCGAGGACAUUAUAAAGAAGCCCUCUGUGCGUACUACGGCUGUGCGUUACGUCCUCGCCAACUUCAAGUUCCAGGAUGACGGCGCAAAGGCGGACAUGCUCAAGCAGGGGCCGAUGAUGCGCACGCUCGUCGAUGGUAUCGAGGGGGACCACCCACGCCUCAUUGUGGAGAUAUUGCAAUCGCUUAUGAGGGAUGUGGUUCAAGAUCCAGGAAUCCCACGGCGGAACAAAAGCUUCUUGUUCAACGAGCGAAAUUUGCUCAGUCUUUGUCAACUAUAUAGAGUUAGCUUACCGGAAGGCGAAGUAAAUGACCUCUCGGGUAAACCGCUCAUGGACGAAGUUCACGACUUCAUCGUCACAGUUUGCACCUCUCCUGAUGCAGGUCUACUCCGUCCUUCGGGCUGGUAUCCUCCUACGAAUGACGAAGAGUCUCCGCUGCUUCAGGACAGUGCCGAUUCUGGAAUCGAUCUCGGCCUUUCCGGCAUAGAUUAUUACCGAAAAUUCGGCAAGCAUGUGCCUAUCCGUAACCAGACUCUGUUCGACUUCAUUCUCACUCUCCGGCCUUAUGCUUUUGACUACGAACGGCAACUACUGCUUGCCAUCUUCGAGGCUGCACCGGAACUUGUGGCUGUCUUUUGCAAGAAGAUGGCGCAGACGUUCCCAUUCUCCCCAAAGGUAACAGCAACGUGGGUUGGCUACGCAGCGGCACUGUUUGAAAUAAUACAGCUUCCUGUUCCUCGACUGUACAGCAGGAUGAAACAUUUACCACCACCUGUAUCGAUCAUGAUCGAGAGCGUGCUGCCUGCACCGCUGGACCAGAAGACCUUGAGACAAUGUUUGGUCAGCAAGUCAAGCUUGGUCUGCUUCUUCGCUGUACGAAUUCUAGCGGCCAGUAUGCAUAAACUCGGGGCUGUACUUAAUAUGCUGAGAGAAAGUGGCAAGGAAAGUGGGGGCAAGUUGUGGAAUGAAGCAGAGGCAAAAUUGGUGGAGGAAUUCCGAAGACGCUGCCCUACUUUACAGGAUAUUGCAAAACUGUAUGCCACGUUGCGGAAUACAGCGACAGAGGCGAAGAAAAUCAUGCAGCACGAAGCCACACUGCGGUUGUUGGCACUGUACCACUCCGUGCUCCCGCAAAUUGCACUUGAGGAGAAGGCUUUCGAUGUGUCAAUCCCUCUUACAAACGCGCUCCAAGAAAUUGAGAAAGCUUCCGCGGAUGAAGAGGUCGAAAAUACGAAAAUCAAAAUUCUAGAGCUGGCUCAUCUGGUGAAGAUUGCAAGGAGCGCGUCAUCAGUACAUUGGAUAGGCAAGACAAAGGGGUUAAAGUACUCUCCGCUUGUGACGCUACUGCGUUUGCUUGCGAGGAGCAACCCAAAUCAUGUCUCGGAUAUUGCGCAAUUAGUGAGGGGAAUUUUGGAGGAUGGAGAUGCCGUGCAGGUUGAGUACGCCUCAUCUUCGGUAUCAGACCACAACGAUCCGAGACCAAGCGCUCUAGCUGUUCUGAUAUUCUCGCUCAAAGAAUCGUAUGACGGAGAGAGCAUUCGAGCCUCGGAUGAUGCCGUGUACUCGUUCCUGGACAAUUGUUUCCAUCGAUACACAGCACGGCCAAUCAAGUAUGAAGAUGACAAGGAUGCUUUACUUUCGAAAGCAGAUAUGUCAAGGGAUGCAUUCUCAAAACCGUGCAGCUUGAUCUGUAUGACGAUAUUGGAGCAGUGGUCAUUUGUGCAAGAGGACAAAGAAACGAUUGGCACAUGGAUUGCCAAAUUCGUAGAAUUGCUAGCCGCAACGGCGGAUCCCCUUCCAGAGGCUAUUCGAACAACAAAACUGCUGAAGGAGCUUGGAAUUCGAAAGUACGAGGGAAACAAAGAGAAGCGUGAAGAGCGUCGCAAAGCGCUGGGAGACUGGAUGGAGAAACACGUUAGAAGUAUUGCCGACGCGGGAAAGCAACAGUCCACCACCAAAUCGACAGUUGAUCCAGAGGACGACAACGGUCCCAGUUACGUAUCCCUAGAUCUAACGUUCUUCAGCCUACCUCCUGAGCCUGAGAGCUACCCCGUCUUAACCCGCUACCGGAAGAAAGACCUCACGACAUUAAUCGAAGACGGGGACCUCAGCGCGCUGAUUCUAAGCCUAGCAUCUUCCCACCUUUCUAUUCGUGUGCAAGCCUUAACUGCGUUACGGGCGACAAUGACAUCACUGUCCGCAAGCACACAUAUGGAUAAGGACAUGCUGUACUUGCUGCUAGGCGAGUUACUAGAAACGUGCGCAGACAACGACAUCAACGAAAAACCACUUGCGGGCAUCGCUGUCGCCUUUGCGUCGAAAGCAGUGGAUGUCCUCAAGGAUCCCACGCACGCUCUCUAUCCCAAAGUAAACGAGUUCCUCAAUCGCGGUCCUGUCUGGAGAGUCCGGGCGAUGCCCGCCCACUGGCUUGAACAAGUGCUUCUUCACCCUCCAGGGGAUAACGACACCGAGGGCGCGUAUUGGCGCGAGACCACUUGGGUCCUGGACUGGCUUUUCUCCGGGCUCCUUACCAAUGAGGAUUUCGACAUUCUCCGCCGAAACAGUGUGUUCGAAAAGCUGAUGGCGUUAUUCUUUCAUCCUGCAAUCAACGAGAGAAGGCGGUUCGCGGAGCUCAUCACCGACGCGAGCGCGCUGGACAAAGAGCAAAGCUUGCAGGCUAAGGUUCGCCCACUCAUCGUGAAGAUUUUGCUCAGGGCGGCGAUGGUAGAGGGCGCUACGAUUCUCAUCACCGGUGCAGGCGUGCUAGCUUGGCUGGGAGAUGUAAAGACGAUGGUGGCUGGUGAUCGGAAUGCUAUCGCUGUUGUACAGCAGAUAGAAGAUGCUAUUGUGCAGCGUGCCGAUGCAGAGAAGAUUAGACUCUGGAGUGGCGGGCUUUUGUGAACGACGGUUGAACGUCCAUGAGAUACCAUAGAAUCGAAGUCUUUCC